ACAUCCACCCCGUUUACACCGUUACUAAUAUCCAGAACAAAAUCCGUACUCUAGACGACAAAAAGGUAACCUACUCUCAAUGGGUCAAACUGUUUCAGUUAAACGCCCGUGGGUACAAGGUGCUUGAUCACAUCGACGACACCCUCCCACCACCUAAAGAAGAUCCUACUCGUGACCAAUGGCUCGAGAUUGACACGAUCGUUUUACAGUGGAUUUAUUCCACUGUGUCUGAUGAUUUAUUCGGAAGAAUUCUGGAAGACGAGUCCACAGCCCUCGAUGCGUGGAAUCGCCUAAAGAAAAUCUAUCUGAAUAACAAGGGCCCUCGGGCCACCGCCUUAAUGAAAACUUUCACCAAUCUGACCUUGCGAGCCAUGCCCUCUCUUCAUGACUACUAUCAAAAACUCCGCGAACUUGCAGCCCAACUCGCGGAUGUUGACCAACCCGUAUCCAAAAGCCGUCUCAUAAUCCAACUGGUCAGCGGACUUCCCGCUGAAUAUGAUGUUAUUGCAGCACAAUUGCACAAAGAUUUACCACCCUGGGAAGAUGCCAUUAACUUCCUAGAUGCCGAAGAACGUCGCCAACAAGCGCGUCAAUCACCUGUUGUUGCAGCCAUCGUGCCCGAUAAUCCGCAACCACCAUCGAACCCUCCUGCCCCUCGUACCUCUCCUCAGCGCCGGUCCAACUCAUCAAACAGAUCUGGCCCAGCCCAGCGCCGAAACCACAAUGAAACCUGGCAACAAAACCGACCGAACUUUAACCGAAACCAAAAUCAGUCUCGGCCCAGCAAUAACAAUUCCAACCGAUCUGCUCCAUGGGGUCCAUCACAACAGUGGGCCUAUCCCCCUUGGUGGGCCGGACCAUCAGGCCCAAACUACGGUUGGGCCCCACCCCAUGCCCAUAUCCCACCCAACCCAGGUGGGCCGCACCUUGGCAAACCAGCUCAUGGCAGAAUAGUGGCUCCUCUACUCGGUCUAAUGGCAACAAACAGCAGUCCAGUUCCUCUUCAAGGCAGGCCCAUAUAACCGCCUUUGACCCUCUUGAACCCACGGAUCUCGGUCAGGCUUUUCAGGCUCUUGCGGUUGAUUUGGACGACCCACAAUGGAACAUGGACACGGGGGCUUCGGAUCAUCUAACAGAUGAGGAAGGACCUGAAGACUGGGAAGCUUCUGAGCCGUCACAACAGUGACAACCACUUAUACCCCAUUCACGGCUCCUGCUAAAGUCACACCCACUGUUUUUGCUGCUUUUGCUCCCGAAUCAUGGCAUGAUCGCUUUGGCCACCCGAGGGCUACCGUUAUUGAUUUUUUGUCUUCAAAUAAAUUUAUUGCUUGUAAUAAGACUUGUUGUUUGUUUUGCAACUCUUGUCAACUUGCCAAGCAUAAACGGUUACC